AAACUGAUCCUGAAUUAAAAUAAAUAAAAUACUGUAAAAUAUAAGACGCUUUCAUUUUAAAAAAAAAACACACACACGGUGACCCACCUUCCCUCCCCAAAGUGAUUUUUCAUCCGAUGACUUCAUGCACUUCAGAAGUCCCGUGAACUUCAUUUUACAUAAGAUGCGUGUCUAUAACCCGCUAGUCCUCUGAAAACACAAAUGGACAAACAAGUUACAUAAAAUAACUUUGUGAUUUCGUCACGGGGGCAGAAGGCGCGGCAGCGGACGGGCUGCUUCACCUUGGGUUCGUUGCCACGACAACCGAGGGGGAGCGAUGCAUCGGUGCUGAUGCUGCAGUGAUUGGGAUGCCCGCUCGAGAUCUAAAGUGACUCACCGACCCCGCGAGGCGGCGAGGAAAAUGAUGAGGAAGAUGACGACGAGGAAGAUGACGAUGAGGAAGAUGGCACGUUAGCAUCUUUCCGUUAGCAUCUUUGUAGCCCUGAUACACGAGCCGGACGUUAAGGGACUGUUAAUGAGCUGUUGCCGCUGAACUGCUGCAGUGGGCAGGAGAGGUGCUGCCAGAGGACAGACGGACAGGAAGGAACAUUCCAACAGAUUGGAUGAACCUUACUUCCUGGUGGUGCCUGGGAAACAGCCAAUAACAUGAAGCAGCUGCCGGGGGCGGAGUCUGGCCCUGCCGCCGAAAGCAAGGUGGAGAUGUGGGGCCAGUCUCUUGUGUACACCGUGGAGGAGCUGGAGUGUAAGAUCUGCUACAACCGCUACGACAGCCGCAGCCGUCGGCCCAAGCUACUGUCCUGCCUGCACAGGGUCUGCCUCAAGUGUCUGAAGAAGAUGGUGGACGUGGGGGAAUCGUCUCCUUCGAUGGUCAGCUGUCCGUUCUGUCGUCAUGAGACCUACAUCCCCGACGAGGAGGUGUGGCUGAUGGAGGACGACCGCCACGUCCUGGCCGUGCUGUCCUGCCACGACCAGCUGGGCCGCAGCGGGCUGCCCCCCGGGACCGAGGUGGUGCUGAGCCCCGACAGCCUGACUGGAGUGGAGGGAGCGGAGAGGGGCGGCGCGGCGGGCGAGGCGUCCUCCGACUGCCUGGUGCUGACCAUCAUGCAGCUGCCCGGCGAGUCGUCCGACUCCCUGAGCGUGAUCAACAUGCUGUACCCGUCCUCGCUGCCCUGCAGCGCCUCCACGCACAAGUGCCGCGCGUGGACGUCCCGGAGCCUCCCGCGUUGCCUGCUGGGGGCCCUCUGCCUGGUGUACUUCAGCUCCCUCCCCCUCGGGAUCUACCUGCUGAUGAUUGGUCAGCUGUGGCUGGGGGUGGUCCUGGUCAGCCUGGUUCCCUUCACCCUGCUGCUCUGCAUCCUCUACGGCUUCUGCCAGUGCCUCUGUCACGAGCUGCUGGAGACGCUGAGCCACCGCAACACCGCACCCUGACGCUGCCGUACCCGACCCCUGAACCCACCGUACCCUGACCCCACCCUAUGGUACCCUAACCCCACCCUACGGUACCCUAACCCCACCCUACGGUACCCUAACCCCACCCUAC